AUGGUCAACAGAAACAGGUGGUACUCUGCUGUUGAUAGGCUCUUGGGCCUCGAGAGACAGCGUACCGGCUCUGGUGGCGGAAAUUCCUGGCUUCGGGAGGAAGAGACGCUCCUCGGAGGUCAUCGCAACGAUGACAUCCAGUCGGCCGUCCCUCCUGAGGAAGUCACAAAGGUGUGCCUCCGUCUGCGUCACCUGAUCCAGGGCUGUGUCCCCUGCGAGCUUGAGGAGACGGAGAUUACCAAGGCCAACAGCCGCAUCAUCACCCCCAAGGUUGUCAAGGCUGCCAAGGAGGCUGGUGGUACCGAGAAUAGAGGUUGCGUGGUCUACUGUCUGCUCGUGGCCAAGAAGUGGUUCGCCCACGAGGCCAUCACCAACCUGUGGGACGCAGACCUGCAUCAUCUCCAGGCGACGGCGUGCGGCGUCAUUGCCAAGCAGAUUAUCGAAACCGAGGAUGACGGCGAGUAUCUGAUGCACGCUGUGCUUCUCCGACGGUACGCCCACAUUUCGGGCGGGGAGACGGCGCCGCCGACCAACGUCAUUGAAAAGGCCGUGGACCUGCACGAAGUGCGCGUCAUCGCAUCGUCUGGCUACCAGCGAUGCAUCAGUCACCUGUGGCAAGGCUGGUUGGUCCAGGACGAGAACGACCCAUCGGUCUUUGUCGACUACAAGGAUAAGGACAGCCCUCGCUUCCUGGUGCACAUGGGACCCGACCGCAUGCGCACGCCUAUGUACCAGAACGCCGCGCAGAUGGUGCUGAGUAUCCUGUACCUGGCCCUGUACACCUUGGCCAUCAACUCGAUCAACGCGACCGGCCAGUUCGACGGCGCCGAGUUGCUCAUGUACCUCUUCACCUUCGGCUACAUGUGCGACGAGCUGGUCAAGCUGUACAAGGCAGGCCGUCACAUCCUGGGCUUCUGGAACGCCUUCAACAGCGUGCUGUACGCCUUUCUCACGGCCUCUUUCGUCCUGAGGGUCAUUGGCAUCUCGCACGCGCCCGACACGGCGGCCCGCGUGCACUACAACCAGCUCAGCUACAACCUCCUCGCCUUUGUCGCGCCCAUGUUCUGGUGCCGCCUCAUGCUGUACCUCGACAGCUUCCGCUUCUUCGGUGCCAUGCUGGUGGUGCUCAAGGUCAUGAUGAAGGAGUCGGUCAUUUUCUUCGCGCUGCUCAUCAUAAUCAUCAUCGGCUUCCUGCAGGCCUUUAUCGGGCUCGACCUGGCUGACGACCUGGUUGCCGGGGACGUGUGGUUCAUUGUGCAGCAGAUGCUCAAGACGGUCCUACAGAGCCCCGAGUUCGAGGGCUUCGAGCGAUUUGGCCACCCCUUUGGACUUAUCCUGCAGUACUGCUUCACCUUCAUCGUCAUGGUCAUUCUGCUCAACAUCCUGAUUGCCCUGUAUAACUCGGCCUACGAGGACAUUUACGGAAACGCCGACGACGAGUACCUGGCCCUGUUCUCCAUGAAGACGAUGCAGUUCGUCCGCGCCCCCGACGAGAACGUCUUCAUCCCCCCCUUCAACCUCAUCGAGGUUGUCCUCUCCGGCCUGUGCGAGUGGUGGUUGCCCGACGACAUCUACGCCCAGGUCAACGACAUCGUCAUGGGAAUCAUAUACUCGCCCCUCCUCGUCGUCAUUGGAAUCUACGAGACCCGCAGGGCCGCGCAUAUCCGUCGAAACAGGGCGCGCGGCGAUGACGACGACAAUGUCCAGGAGGAGUGGGAGGAUGGCUCUGUCGAGGUGGACUUUGAGGCUGAGGGUUGGGCAAAGACUUGCGAGGCUGUCACGCCCAAGAUCGGUCAAGACCCUGUGCUCGAGGAGGUCAAGAAGCUGCGCUCCGAGAUUGACGAGCUCAAGGCUCUGUUGGCCAAUGUCAACAAGGGUAUUACUUCGUCUUAG